CACCCGUGUUUAUAUGCACCAGUCGCAUACAGUGUUCCUCCUGAGCGGCCGCCGGGCGCUGGAUGUCCCCCGAAUGACCCGACCGGCCAGCCGGAGAGCGCCUCGGCCGACGGCGGCGACGACGCCCGGCAGCCGCCUGAGCCGCCCACCGUUUGCUGCAUGUCCGGCUGCGCCAACUGCGUCUGGAUCGAGUACGCCGAGCGGCUCGCCGACUACUACGCCGACGGCGGUGACGCGGCGCGGCGCGCCAUCCGCGAGCACGUACAGGACCCGAGCCUGCGAGCGUUCCUGCUGCUGGAACUUAGGACCAGAUGAUGACCCAUCCCAGCCCCAUGCACAAUGUGGCAAGAGCGAUGGUGGCAACAGCCAUUCGAGAUAAAAAUAUACAGAACAUGUUUGUUCCUGACUAAAAACCGUAGAAGGCAGUGUGCAGCGUAUGCACCCAACUUUCUUAACACCAUUGGAUUGUUACAGGGACUUGUACUGUAGACACAGCUCCAUUCAUACUGCGGCCCGCGUCGAAAUGCGCGCCGCGCGAAUCGCUAGUGCCCGUAGUUCGUAAUGUGUAGUGGAAUUUGCUCGAAAUGUGAAUUGCCCAGCCGGUGAAAUUUUAGUUGGAUGUACGAUUGAAGUGAAGCGUCUCCGCGUAUACAUGAUAACGUGCUGGAAUGACUGUUCAUAGGUUGCCUGUGAUACCAACGCCGGAGCGAGAAGCCAUGGAACUUGUGUUGUGGUGCUGUUAUGCUGCCGGAUUGUUGCAAUAUUCAGUUCGAAUUAAUUAUGAAAUUUUUCUUCAAUAUAUAUUUAUAAUGGA